AUGCUGAGGAGCGCUCUGCUGUGCGCGGCGCUCUGGCUUCUGCGCGCGCAGCCGUUUCCCUGCCCACCCUCCUGCAGGUGCGCCUUCCGCGACGCCGCGCAGUGCUCGCGCGGCACGGUGGCCGGCAUCGCCGCGCUCGGCCUGCCCACCAACCUCACGCAUAUCUUGCUCUUCCAAAUGGGCCGCGGCACCUUGCAGAACAACAGCUUCAGUGGCAUGACCGUCCUGCAGCGCCUGUUGCUGUCUGACAGCCACAUUUCCGCCAUUGCCCCGGGCACGUUCAACGACACGAUAAAACUUAAAACCCUGAGGUUAUCGCGCAACAAGAUCACUCAUCUCCCAGGCGCACUGUUGGAUAACCUGGUGCUCCUGGAACAGUUGUUUCUGGACGACAAUGAACUAAAGAGCCUUGACCAAAACCUGUUUCAGAAACUGGUUCACCUGCAGGAGCUCUUUCUGAACCAAAACCAACUCGCUUUCCUGCCUGCUAGCCUGUUCACACAUCUGGGGAACCUGAAAUUGUUGGAUUUAUCGGGAAACAAUUUGACCCACCUGCCCGAGGGGUUGUUUGGGGUCCAGGUUAAGCUGGAGAAGCUUCUGCUCCACUCGAACCGGCUGGUCUCUUUGGGGUCGGGGCUGUUGGACAGCCUGCGCGCCCUGAAGGAGCUGCAGCUCCACACCAAUCACCUCCGUUCCAUCGUCCCCGGCGCCUUCGACCGGCUGCGAAGCCUGAGCUCCUUGACCCUUUCCAGAAACCGCCUCGAGUUCCUGCCCUCCGCCCUCUUUCUUCAUUCGCACAAUCUGACCUUCCUGACCCUGUUCGAGAACCCGCUGGAGGAACUCCCCAACGUGCUCUUCGGGGAGAUAGGCGGCCUGCGGGAGCUGAGGCUGACAGGCACCCAGCUGCGCACCCUGCCCGCCGCCGCCUUCCGCAACCUCACCGGCCUGCGCGUCCUGGAGGUGUCGCUGAGCCCGGGGCUGAGCGCGCUCCCGGAGGACGCCUUCCGAGGCCUCGGCGAGCUGCAGGUGCUCGCCCUGCGCUCCACAGGCCUGGCCUCCCUCCCCGCCGGCCUGCUCCGCGGGCUCGGCCGGCUCCGCCACGUGUGGCUGCGCAGCAACCGGCUGCGCGCCGUGCCCAGCGCUCUCUUCCGCAACCUCAGCAGCCUGGAGGAAGUCCAGCUCGACCACAACCAGCUGGAGACCCUGCCGGGCGACGCGUUUGAGGCUCUGCCUCGGCUGGCGGAGGUCCUGCUGGGACACAAUCCCUGGCGCUGCGACUGUGGCUUGGGGCCGUUCCUGGCGUGGCUGCGGCGGCACGCGGACCUCGUGGGUCGAGCCGAGCCCCCGCAGUGUCACGGGCCCGGGCCGCACGCCGGCCGACUGCUCUGGACCCUGCAGGCCGGCGACCUCGGCUGCCCGCGCCCCGGGAGCCCGCCUCCCAGCCGCCUGGCCGGGGGCUACUCCGAAGGCCCCCCGCAGCCCACCCUGCCCGCCGCCCCUGCCCGCGCUAACUUGGGACCCAAGCGCUCCGAGCCGUGGACCCGGCAGGUAGCUGAGGACCAAAGUCAGGACCAUAGCCUGUUCUGGGGUCUUUAUUUUCUGCUUUUAGCCGCUCAGGCCCUAAUUACCGGGAUCAUUGUGUUUGCGAUGAUUAAACUCAGCAGGCUCUUUCGGAAAUUAAUCACAGAGUUCUGGUUCGAGGCGAUGAGAAAACCUUGCAAUUAA